CGUAAGCAUUUCAUUAUUCAUUGUAUAUUGUUUUGUUUAGCUAAUAUCUGGCAUUUAGUAAAACGCAUUGUUUUUUUAAAAUGUGUGUCAAGCUGUUCGGAAGCAUUAUUGAAAUAUAAUGCAAAAUAUUGAAGACACAAGUUUAGAAUACAUCGAAGAUCCUUAUUUUAAUCCACAAGUUUCCAGUGCGACUCCGAGUUUAGAUGAACCGGAUCUGGACGAAUAUGACUUACUGGAAAAUGAAUUAGACUUGUUUGAUUUGCGUCAGUUGGACUUUGAUGAAGUAGUUCAUAACAGUCUCUAUUCCUAUCCAGACGAAUCGGAGUCAGUUAAUGUGGAAGCAGAAUUUUUUAAUGUAAAGAGAGCUAAUUUGAUAAUAAGAACUUUUUUUAAAAACAAGUUAAAGAAACAAGUCCGGGUAACAUAUUGUGAUCUUACUAAACCAUAUCUAGCAAAGUUACCUAAAGAUAGUAAUUUUCGAAGAUAUUUAGAUAUUACUACUAACGAAGAAGCCAUGGCAGCAGCAGAAACCCCAAUUCCGGAUCUUUCCCACUUGUCUACAGAAGAAAGAGCUGAGCAGGAAAGAUUAUGGAAAGAGGAACUAGCGACAAUCGAAGAUGAAAUCUCGACGUUGCGGACAGUCCUUGCGUCUAAGAUGCGCAGAAGUGCUGAACUAAAACGGAAUUUAGGCAUCACUGUAUGGAAAGAAGUAACAGACGACAUUAAUCAAGGAAUUAAGAAUGUUAAAGAAAGUAAUGUAUACCAAACUGUAGAAACUAAAGUUGGUCAAGUAACUAAGGCUGUGACAGAUGCUCCUAUAUAUCAAAAAACUUCAUCACUUCUAGGAGGCAUCACGGGAAACAUUACUAAUAAAAUAGGACAAAUGCGGCACUCAGAAUCAUUCAAAUCUUUCGAGGAAAAGGUUGGAUCUGCAUAUGAAAAUGUUAAGGGGAAUGUAGUGACUUUUUAUGAGACCAAGGUAGCAUCCCGUUCUGGUUCUCAGCACAGCUUAGACGAAGCCGGCAGGUCGCGGUCAGGUUCCACAGUUACAAGUCCAACAAUUCCAGAAGAUAAACCAUUGGCGUAGGACACUAAAUUUCUACUUAACCAUCAAACGAUCACAUCAGUACGCCAGCCGAUAUGCCUUGAUAAAAAGCUUGUCCAAGAAAAAAUACACAUGCGUUUGAUUUAUUUAA